AUAUGAAGGAAUAUUCAUCUUCUUUUAUUCUGUCUUUUAACUCUUCAGAGAUUAAAUAUGAACAUGGAGAGCAAAAUCACAGAGAGUUCAAGUUUAGGUUCGGUCUCUGUAGACGAAAACAUAAUCUUAAAUCCAGGCUUUGAUGAUGGGCUCAACAAUUGGACUGCAAGAGGUGGUUGUAAGAUUGCUUUACAUGAUUCAAUGGGCGACGGCAAGAUACUCCCAAAAUCUGGGAAAUUCUUUGCCAGCGCCACAGAGAGAACACAGAACUGGAAUGGCAUACAACAGGAGAUAACUGGAAGAGUUCAAAGAAAGCUUGCCUAUGAAGUAACUGCUCUGGUUCGAAUCUUUGGUAAUAACGUGACAAGCUCAGAUGUUCGGGCCACACUAUGGGUGCAGGCGUCUGAUCGCGAACAAUACAUUGGAAUUGCAGGAGUGAAAGCUACGGACAAAGAUUGGGUUCAAUUGCAGGGGAAAUUUCUCAUAAAUGGAUCUCCUUCAAAGGUGGUGAUAUAUUUGGAAGGUCCUCCUCAAGGAACUGACAUUCUAUUAGACAAUAUGGUCGUGAAACAUGCAGCCAAGGCGCCCCCUCCGGUUCCUCCAGUUAUUGAGAAUCCGUGUUAUGGGAUUAACAUAAUAACAAAUAGUGGUCUAAGCAAUGGCACAAAUGGGUGGUUUCCUCUUGGUAAUUGCAAUUUAAGUGUUGGAAAUGGUUCACCACUUAUAUUACCUCCCAUGGCUAGAGAAACUCUUGGUCCUCAUGAGCCACUAACAGGCCGAUACAUUCUUGUUACGAACCGGACCCAGAACUGGAUGGGUCCUGCUCAGAUGAUCACAGAUAAAUUGAAACUGUAUUUGACAUACCAAGUCUCUGCAUGGGUUAGAAUUGGUUCGACUGCUAGUGGGCCUCAAAAUGUCAACAUUGCGGUUGGAGUCGACAGUCAAUGGGUUAAUGGUGGCCAAGUUGAAUUAGCUGAUGACCGAUGGCAUGAAAUUGGUGGUUCUUUCAGAAUAGAGAUGCAACCGGCGAAGGUCAUGGUCUAUGUGCAAGGUCCAGUUCCUGGAGUCGACUUUAUGCUUGCUGGGGUUCAGAUCUUCCCAGUAGAUCGACAUGCGAGAUUUAAACAUUUAAAGAGCCUCACGAACAAGUUAAGGAAACGCGACAUUGUCUUGAAAUUCUCGGGAACGAGUUUAAGUGCUGGGACGAUGAUUCGAGUCAAGCAAACUCAAAACAGUUUUCCAUUUGGAUCAUGUAUAAGCCGAUCAAACAUAGACAAUGAGGAUUUUGUUGAUUUCUUUACCAAACACUUCAAUUGGUCUGUUUUCGGAAACGAGUUGAAAUGGUAUUGGACCGAAGCACAACAAGGAAACUUGAACUAUAGAGAUGCGGACGAACUCUUGAAGUUGUGCAAUAGUUUCAACAUGAAAGUCCGUGGGCAUUGCAUCUUCUGGGAGGUUGAUGGAACGGUUCAAUCAUGGGUUAAGGCGUUAAGCAACGACGACUUAUCUAAAGCCAUUCAAAACCGCAUGAACGGACUCCUCACUCGGUACAAAGGCCAAUUCAUGCACUAUGACGUGAACAAUGAGAUGUUACAUGGUUCGUUUUAUCAAAACCGGUUAGGGAAUGAUAUUCGUUCGACUAUGUUCAAGACAUCCCACGAGCUUGACCCAUCACCAAUUCUAUUUGUCAACGAUUAUCACGUUGAAGAUGGAUGUGAUCCGAAAUCAUGCCCUGAGAAAUACAUAGAACAUAUCUCCAAUCUCCAAAAACAAGGGGCUCCGGUGGGAGGAAUAGGAAUACAAGGCCAUAUCGAUAGUCCAAUUGGGACAAUUGUUUCAUCUUCCCUCGACAAAUUGGGAAUUCUCGGACUCCCAAUAUGGUUCACCGAGCUCGACGUGUCAUCAAACAACGAGUUUAUUAGGGCGGACGAUCUUGAAGUGAUGCUAAGAGAGGCGUACGCCCACCCAUCGGUUGAUGGGAUUGUAAUGUGGGGAUUUUGGGAGUUGUUUAUGAGUCGAGACAACGCGUAUUUAGUGAAUGCAGAAGGUGAUGUUAAUGAAGCGGGGAAAAGGUACCUUAGUCUAAGACGGGAGUGGCUUUCGCAUGCUAAGGGACAAAUUGACGAGCAAGGGCAAUUCGGGUUUACGGGUUUCCAUGGAAGUUACGAAAUUGAUGUGGUGGAUUCGUCGGGGAAAGCUUACAAGAGUACAUUUGAUGUCGACAAGGGCGAAUCUACUCUAGUAAUACCCAUAAGUUUGUGAUUAUUUGAAACAAAUAAUGUGAUUCAUUACAAUAAUAUUUGUUGUUUCUAUUGUAAAAUUGUAAAAUAAUGUUUGGUCUAUUAAUGUAUCAUCUAUAUUGUGUGACAAUAAAGAAAUGU